CCGGGUGCCCGUACACUUUCACGCUUACGCGAACUUCCCCCAUCCAAUGAUACAUAUAUACGCACAAAGUCUUGGAAAAUACUCUUCCGAGAUGUUUUCCUCUUACUCCUACCAUCAUUUCGGCGGUCGCUGCAGCAUGGUACCCACUACCCUCGUCGCUCGGCUAGAGCUAGCUACUGCACCAUUGCAGCAGCUUACUACGACGCACUAAGCUGGCAUCUAUCAAGAAAGGUCUUGCAUUAUAAUCUCACAAGUGAGCGUUGCAACCUGCGAUAGGUCGAGGCACGUCGGGAUGGGUCGUAAAGCGUAGAGCUGCGCCGAGACGGGUCUUUGUGUGAUGGAUUUCUCGUGGUACGUGCUUAUCUAGUCUCACCCGUGCGUCAAAACAUGUCCGGUAUGCAUUGCAUCCGUUCAUGUGCUCACGAUCUCAGGUACCUUCCACUUUCUAGCACGCCAUCUCGCGAUGCACAUUCCGGGCGGUUAUUUUACCCGGACGGCUUGCUUUGCGUGAAAAAAUAACGCCUCGCCUGCAGGCCGACACACGACACCUUCCAUGCCUUCCUCCUCUCCAUCCACCUCAACACUUCCAACCUCCGAUGUCCUGGGCACGACAUCGCCAGAGAGCGUCGAAGCAGAAGCCAUCGCUCGCGCUUGGAUCAACCUGUUUGCAGCACGUGUCGCGUCUCAAGACAUAGAUGCACUCAUCAAUGAUGCGCUUUAUUCCGAUCCGUGGUGGCGCGACCUCUUCGCCCUCACAUGGGACAUCCGCACCUUCCACGGCCGUCGUGACAUCUCGCAAUUCCUCGCCGACCGGCUCGCCACGACGCGCUUCGGCGAUAUUGAGCUUCUGAAGGCGACGUACCAGACGCCAUACCCAGACCUCGCCUGGAUUGCCGUAUCGUUCACGUUCGUAACAGAUGUUGCUCUCGGGCGCGGCGAGGCGCGGCUGGUGUACUGCUCUGACAAGAUCUGGCGGGCGGCGACGGUGUACACGAACCUGGAGGGUCUCAGGAGCUAUCCCGAACGCGUCGGACCUCGUCGCGAUUUCAAUCCUGAUCUAGGGAAAUGGAUCCCGCGCGCAUCCUUUACGGAGGACCCGGAUGUGCUGAUUAUCGGUGGAGGACAAACUGGACUGUCGGUUGCAGCGAGGCUGGACGCACUUGGCGUGUCGAAUCUGGUUGUGGAAGCGGACGAGCGAGUUGGGGAUAGCUGGAGGAAGAGACACGAGAGUCUGAGUCUACAUGGGCCUAUAUGGCAGAACCACAUGCCAUACUUCUCUUUCCCUACUACCUGGCCAGUGUUCAUACCCGCGAAUAAGUUCGCCAACUGGCUCGAACUCUACGCCGAUGCACUCGAGAUCAAUGUCCAGACUUCAACAUCUGCAACGUCCAUGCAUCGCAACGCGGAAACGCAGACAUGGGACGUCACUAUUCGGAAACCCAGUGGCUCACAACGCUUCCUAUCCGUGAAGCAUGUUGUCGUCGCAGCGGGAUGGCCUUUCAAGCGAACGACCUUCGCGGGGCAGGAUGAGUUCUCCGGCACGAUUGUGCAUUCAGAACAUUUCCGCUCUGCAGCGCCAUACGUCGGCAAGAAAGUCCUUGUGGUCGGAGCAUGCUCUUCUGCGCACGACGCCGCAUCCGACUGCGCAAACCUCGGCAUUGACGUAACAAUGUACCAGCGCUCACGCCAGUUCGUCAUGUCUAUUAACCCGGGCAUGCUCCGCGCCUCGCCUUCCGCCGAGUGGGAGGCUGUGCCGACGGAAGACGUCGACCGCGCCAAGUUUGCGCUGCCCGUCCACCUUGCGAAACAUCUCGCGAAGCGGACGGCCGCGCUAAUACGAGAUGACGAUCGCGAUAUGCUCGACGGCCUAGCGAAAGCGGGAUAUCUCACCUCGAAAGGCGAAGAAGACGCAGGGGCGUUCUUCCCUCUCUUGCGCGGAAGCGGGUACUAUCUAGGUACAUCACAUGACACAACAUCUUGUAGUGUGACUUACCGCCCCAUAGAUCGCGGCGCAAGCCAGCAGAUCGUUGACGGGAAGAUCAAAAUGAAGUCUGGUGUCAACAUCGAGCGGUUCACGCGCACAGGCGUGCGCUUCAACGACGGCACCGAGCUCGACGUGGACGUCGUCGUCGUUGCCACCGGGUUCGACGACGCACGCCUCAUCAUCCGGGACCUCCUUGCCGGCACCGUCCCGCUGGACACGAUUCCGCCGAUCUGGGGACUCGACGACGAGACGGGCGAGGUACUCGGCGCGUACCGCGAUCUCGCGCCGACGCUGCCGGACGUGUGGCCCGUCCUGGGGAACCUUGCGUGGGUGCGCUGGUUCUCGCGACACGUGGCACUGCAGAUCAAAGCAAAGCUCAUGGGUGUGUAUAGUGGGAGAUAUAAGGCAUGAACGAGAUGUGGGACGUGGUUGAGGGUGCAUUGGAGCCUGAUACAGUGCAGUGUUGGGCCUUGCUUCAUGUACAGGCCAGGAACUAUGUCUUCAGGCCGAGUAGAGUGUCAUAUGAUUAGCUUCUCUGCGCACGAAUUGUUGGUCGGAGAUCA